GGCCGCCUCCCCGCCGUCAGACGUGUGUUUGGAAAAUACGGAUCACUCUACAAUGGAAACAGACGAGUGCACGACCGAAGGGAAUAAAGGAGGACCUGAAAACAAAACCUUCAAGAAAAAUGACCCUGAAAAAGAGGACACGUUUAAAAAACCGGCUCUCUUCGCAGUUCCUUCCCUCACUAUCAAACGCAGUAACGCAGCUCCGUCCAAACCAGCAGCAGUCGAGAUAAAACACGUGAAAGAAGAAAACGAAGCUAAAGACGUGGAAACAGAAAGUGCAUAUUCUUCUGGUGUUGUUAUUGACAGCAAACCCACCGAAAAGAGCCAAGAAGAGGAGAAGAAAUGCGCUAAAGACAAGAGCGUGGCUCCUGUCAAACCCAAGCAAGAAGCGAAGCCAAGGGUGCUACAGUCUGCUAAAGGGCCCCCAGUUGGUAAAUUCCCCCCUAUCCCAUACACAGAGCCACUCUGGGGAGGCACGGCUCCUGAUACUCCCUAUGCUCUGGAAAUCCUUAAAAACGGCACCAUAAUUGACACGGUGCCCCUGACAGAUAAAAGCUACAUCGUGGUUGGACGUCUACCUGUGUGUGACGUCCCUCUGGAUCAUCCCUCCAUCUCCAGGUACCACGCCAUCAUCCAGUACCGCAGAGAGCAGGGAGAGGGGGAGUCUGUGGGGGAGGAGAGGGGCUUCUACGUCCAUGAUCUGGGCAGCACUCACGGCACUGUGGUCAACAAGAACAAGAUCCCUCCCAAGACCUUCAUCAGGAUCCGUGUGGGACAUGUGUUAAAGUUUGGUGGGAGCACGAGGCUUUUCAUCCUGCAGGGUCCAGAGUUUGAUGAGGAAAAGGAAUCCGAGCUAACGGUGACCGAGCUGAGGGAGAGAGGCCGGAAACGGAGGGAAGAGCUGGAGAAGAGGAUGACAGGAGACGGGUCCGAUGAUGAUGAUGAGAAGGAGGAAGACGGGCAAUCUGAAGGCAGCAAGGUCCCAGGCAAACCGUCAAACGAUGAGUCGGGCUGUUCUUGGGGAAUGGGUGAAGAAGCUGCUCCGGAGGAAGACGAGAACGAGGAAAACCCGUUUUCAACCGAGUUCCAGGAGGAUCAGGAGGCCGCGUACCUGAAAGACCCAAAGAAGGCUCUGCAGGGCUUCUACGACAGAGAGGGAGAGGAGCUGGAGUUUGAGUAUGAAGACCAAAGCCAUGGCAGCUGGCUCUGCAGAAUACAGCUCCCGGUGGACGACGCCAUGGGCCGACAGCUGGUUGCCGAGGUGACCCACACAGGGAAGAAGAAGGACGCAGCCAUCCAGUGUUGCCUGGACGCCUGUCGGAUGCUGGAGGCCAGAGGGCUGCUGCGACAGGAAGCAGUGUCUCGUAAGCGCAAGAAGAAGAACUGGGAGGACGAGGACUUCUACGACAGCGACGAUGACAACUUCCUGGAUCGGACCGGCACUGUGGAGAAGAAGAGGAACGAGAGGAUGAAGAAGGCGGGGAAGGUGGAUGAGCGGCCUGAGACCUACGAAUCAUUGGUGUCCAAACUGUCAGAGGUGGAGAAGGAGCUGGCGGAGACUCAGAGGAAGCUGAGUGGAGGGAAAGGAGACUCCUCCGGCCCCUCCUCUGACGACCCUCUGGACGCCUUCAUGACGGCGGUGAGGAGCGAGGUUGCCAUGGACGCCGUGGAGCGCAGGAAGCUUCAUGUGCACUCGGCCGAUUUACGCAAAGAGGUUCAGAGGCUCCGCAAACUGGUGGAGCUGACGCGGCCCGCUCAGAUGCCUUCACUGCUCCCAGGUGGAAGCUCAGAGCCAGAGAAGCCUAAAAAGUCCUUACCGCUGUUCGGAGCCAUGAAGGGAGGAAGCAAGUUCCGACUGAAGACUGGGACCAUCGGGAAGUUGCCUCCGAAGCGCCCCAACUUACCCGCAGAGCUCUUCAACAUGAAAGAACUUCCACCCAGUGGAGAGGAGGAAGAGGAAGAAAAGGAGGAGGAGGAAGCAGAGAAAAACGAGGAUAAUGAUGAUCAAGAGGGUGAAACUAAGUCUGAGAAUAAUGAUGAAGAGUCUGAAGCAUCCACGUCUCUACAGAAGACGCAGAAACGGAGGUCACAAGAGCCCAAAGAGCCAGGCCGCAAACCGAGGAAGAGUGAGGAGUGUGAUGAAGUGGAGAAGAAGGGUCCUCAGGCUGAGACCCCAACGAGUCCAGGAAGUGAUGGAGAGCCAGCGGCACAGCCCAGCCCCAGGAAGAACGUGAAGAAGAAAGUGAUGGGCCCCAGCAGGCCACCGAAGCAGCUCUCUGAAAAGUAUCCGGAGGACGACCCGGAUUAUUGUGUGUGGCUGCCUCCGACAGGUCAGUCUGGAGAUGGCCGCACACACCUCAACGACAAGUUUGGCUACUGAGGGGAAACAGAAGAGAGAAAGCUCUUGUGUGUCCGCUCCGGCAGCUUUUAUUCUGCGUACAAUACCUGCAACACAAAGCCUGCAGUCUCCUCAGCGCCGACCAUUACCCCCUCUCUGCCAGUCCCUGCGAGGCGUUCAGGGGCCUGCAGGAGGGAAAUAAUGCAGCACCUUUCUCUAUCUUUGCAUGCUCAUAAGCAAAAAAUACAUUCUAUUUCGCAUUAUCUGGCAAGCCCUGUGAGCAGACACUGGGCAGGCAGCCCGCUGGCAGCCUCCUUACCACCCAUGAAAACAAUAGAGAUGAAAGCCUUUUUUUCUUUUACUUUUAAUUCUUUAUCAUCCAAGCAGAAAAUAAAACAAAUCAACAGAGCAUGAACGGUAACUGAUCUGAAUUCAGCUCUCUGGCUCUUGCAGUUUGAAUCCACCUGACAUCCAAACGGCAUAUUUGGCAUCAUUUAAAAAGAAAAAAAAAAUGUUUUAUUCUAAAGGAGAAAGAGAGGGAGAGCACUGAAGCAGCUUUUCUGACCAUCUGGACACUUGGAUGGCUUACUGCUUGAAAUGCAAGCUGACAAUGACUCAAGCUAAGUGGAGUGUUUGCCUGCGUGUACACACAACCUUCUCAAAGUUCUCUUUUUAACAAGAUUGUCUUUAACGGUGACUCAGCGAUUGGUGUGUUUGCCCAGAGCAGGAUUCCUCUCUCUGUGAAAUCCCACUCAGUGCUGUUGGUAUACCGCCAUACUCCACACCCUCAAAGUAAAUAAUUGUAUUUUUGUUAUAUAAAUGUUAAAUAAAUUGUCUGUACAUUACCUGUUUUACACGCUUCACAUUCAUCCUCUUAUUCCUUCCCCCUACAUUCUGGGUCUUUCUUCAUCAGAAGCUGCCUCACACACACACACACACACACACACACACACACACACACACACACACACACACACACACACACACACACACACACACACACACUGUUUCUCAGCGAAUAAUCUGGCACUGAGAGGCUCGUGGUGUUGGCUGUUGAUCUCUGCCGUGAAGUUCCGUGCUGUGACUAAUCACUGACGGAAAGCACUCCUCCCUGCCCAAAACACCAGAGGAGUCCGCUGUCGUUCACCUGGCACCUUAUGGACGAUGUUCCAAUGAUAAAACAUAAGCCUAUCAGAAUAAAGCGAUAGUAUGAGGUAGUUAUGGAUAUGGGCAGCAGGAAAUCCAAAGUCACCUUAAUUUAAAAAAAAAAAGGCCCAAGUUAAAAUAAAUGUCUGUAUCAGGUAGAGUUGCUAUAUUUAAAAUAUAUAGCAACUCUACCUUUCUGUGCUCGACAAUAUUUCCUGAUGUAGAAUGAAAGUAUGCUCUUGCUAAUGUUGAUGGAGGAUCUUGUA